GCCACUUUCUCCGCUCCGGCUGAAGCAGAAACACCUCCUCCUUUUCCUUCAUCACCACAGACAGACAUGUCCAGGAUGCGUGUGUUUGGUGGUAGUGGCGGUGGUGCCUACAUGAACAGCAGCAUGUCCAUGCACGGUGGGUCUGGGGGCUCAAACGUCCGAAUCUCUUCAGGCGGCUCCUCCAUGUCCAUGUAUGGUAGUGGUGGUGGUGGUGGCGGCAGCAGUGGAGGUGGAUAUGGCUACAGCUUUGGCGGUGGAGCAGGGUUCUGUGGUACUGAAGAUAUGGACAUCUCCACCAACGAGAAGGCCACCAUGCAGAACCUGAACGACCGCUUGGCCACGUACCUGGAGAAAGUCCGAAAGCUGGAGGCGGCCAACGGCGAGCUGGAGCUGAGGAUCCGACAGUUCAUGGAGAGCAAGACCUCGCCUUCGGCCCGGGACUACAGCGCCUACUACGCCACCAUCGCUGAGCUGCAGGAAAAGAUCCAGGAGGCAACAAGAGUCAAUGGUGCCAUCUACCUGUCCAUCGACAACGCCAAACUGGCCGCAGACGACUUUAGGGUCAAGUGGGAGAGCGAGCUGGCCAUGCGUCAGUCGGUGGAGGCGGACAUCGCGGGUCUGAGGAGAGUUCUGGACGAACUGACGCUGUCCAAGAGCGACCUGGAGAUGCAGAUCGAAGGCCUGAAGGAGGAGCUGAUCUUCCUGAAGAGGAACCACGAGGAGGAGCUGCUGUCGUCGCGGUCUCAGAUGAGCGGUCAGGUGAAUGUGGAGGUGGACGCCGCUCCUCAGGAGGACCUCAACAAGGUCCUGGAGGAGAUCAGGGACCACUAUGAGGCUGUCGCCGCCAAGAACCGCAAAGAACUGGAGAUGUGGUUUAACAGUAAGACAGAAUCACUGAACCAAGAGAUCAGUGCCAGCACAGAGACCAUUCAGACGUCCACGUCAGAACUCAAGGACCUGAAGCGAACGUUGCAGGGUCUGGAGAUCGAGUUGCAGUCCCAGCUCAGCAUGAAAGCCGGAUUGGAGGGAACCCUGGCCGAGACGCAGAACCGCUAUGGCAUGCAGCUGUCGGGCUUCCAGAACCAGGUGACCAUGAUGGAGGAGCAGCUGGUGCACCUGAAGGGCGACCUGGAGCGACAGUCCCAGGAUUACCAGAUGUUGCUGGACAUCAAGACCAGACUGGAGAUGGAGAUCGCCGAGUACAGGAGGCUGCUGGACGGAGAGGGCGGCGGCGGAGGUGGCGGCGGCAGCGGCACUGGCUUCUCCAACUCCUCCUCCGGCAUGUCCUCCGGCAUGUCCUCCGGCAUGUCAACCGACAUGUCCUCCUCCAACUCGUCCUCCUCCACCAAACUCACCGCCCCCAUCUGCACCACCAAAACCAAGCAGAGGAUCGUCACAAUGGUGGAGGAGAUCGUAGAUGGAGUGGUGGUGAGCACCAAGGAGAUAGUCCAGGAUGCCGAAUGAGCACCAACAGGGGGCGCACUCACUGCUCCUACAAAGAAAUAAAGAUGGAAAUGAAAGUUAAA